AUGCUUGUUGUAUUAAGAUAUUAGCAUGAAAUAAUCAAAAGAAAACACUUUUUAGUCAAUUUAUCCAAAGUUCAAUAUGAUAAUAUUUUAGAAGACUUACUGCCUUCUUGGGUGGUUAUUGUCAAGUAUAAUAAAUUAACUGGCCUAUUGGAUGUUGAAAAGAUAAAUAAACAUUUGAAGGAUAAAUUCAAUAUCAAUAACAGCGAAGCAUUCAGAGAUUUCUUAAGAAAACUAGUAUUCUUUGACAUUGAGAAUUAAAAUACCUAAUAAUAUAUCAAAAUAGAACAUGAGAUCAUCUAAGAACUCAAAUUGAAGAAUGAAGAACAUCCUGAUCAAAAAUAUUUUGCCGUCUUAGAAGAACAAAAUAAGUCUAAACUGUGGAAAUUCAGAGUUACUUAGGUGUAUUUUAAUUCCUUUUAACCUCAAAUAUUACUCUUAUUCGAAGAAAUUGAAGAGGAUAAAUAUGAUAAGUAUAUAAAUGCAAUUGAAUAAAGAGACAAAUAAUUAUAUGUAAAAAUCUCUUAUUAAUUAUAGUUAAAUGCGAAAUUAAGUUUACAAUAAAUCAAUCAUCAACUUGAAAUUAUACAAUAAUUCUAUUAAGUAAUAUCUAAACAUGAAAGUCUAACCUAGAUUUAGCAUAACUUAAAAUAGUAGUUGCAAUUAAAUUAUUUUCUUUACAAUUUAAACAACAAUCUAUUUAAUUUAUAUUAAAUUUGCCAUAGACAAAUUAAGAGUGAUAUCAAUGUAUUGAAAUUGGAUUCAUUUAUUAUUGAUGUGUGUCUUAACCUUUAAAUAGAAUACAAAUUUAAUAAAUAGAAUAAGCAUCUAAAUCUAAAAAACUUAAUUGUGACAACUGACAAACAAAAACUGAUUUCGAUUAUUAUGAAUUUAGUGUACUUUAUCAAGAUUCUGCUGUCCAUAAUCCAUAGAGAUAACACUAUUGUAAACCAAGUUUAGCCAUUAAAAAAGCCAAUUAAACUAUCCAUAAAAUAAUCCAAGAAAUUUGAAAACUCAUUAUAAAUCUCCUUAACUCAUCCUAAUUUAAAUGUAACCAAUUCUAUAAUCACUCAAUUAUAAAACAUUUAACCCUUUUAGCUUGAUGAUCAGAAAAGAAAUUGGGAAUAAAGAAAUUAUUUUGACAAAAUAACAAGUAUUAACGAAGCAUUGUAACAAAUGAUGGAGAUGUAUAAAUAAGAAGUAUCUUCAAUACAAUUAAUUUAAAUCGAUAAUACCCCAUAAAUCAAUGAUUAAAAUUAAUAAGGGACACAAAAUAUAAAAUAGUUAUAAUUUAAUACCAUGGGAUAUAUCAUAGCUUAAUAUUUUGCCAGUAGUUUAGGACCUCACAAUAGGUUCACUUUCAAAUAAACUUGUCUCGACAUUGAAAGAUAUCAUUCAACUUAAUUUAUAGGUUUAUAAUAAACAAAAAUAUAAUUCUGUAUUUAUAAAAAUUUUGAAAAUUUUGAAAAGGAGAUAUUAAGUGAACAACAAUACUAUUUUGGUCAUAAUAUUAAGAAUUCAUCAGAAAAAAUGGAAGGUAAAGAUUUAUUUUAGAAUUUUUACUAAUAUGUUCAAAAAAUUAAAUGA